AUGAACCCUGAGGGUGGUGAGACCAUCCAGAUAUCUGAGGAGACUAUUCAAAUUGUGCAAAAUGAACUUGAAAAGUCUGAGAGAAAUGUAUUGUGUACAAUGAUGUGUGAUGAAAAUGUUACACAGCAGUCAUGUGAUGUCACCCAGCAGUCAUGUGAUAGCAGUGAUGUCACCCAGCCAUCAUGUGAUGUCACCCAGCAGUCAUGUGAUAGCAGUGAUGUCACCCAGCCAUCAUGUGAUGUCACCCAGCAGACAUGUGAUAGCAGUGAUGUCACCCAGCCAUCAUGUGAUGUCACCCAGCAGUCAUGUGAUAGCAGUGAUGUCACCCAGCCAUCAUGUGAUGUCACCCAGCAGACAUGUGAUAGCAGUGAUGUCACCCAGCCAUCAUGUGGUGUCACCCAGCAGUCAUGUGAUAGCAGUGAUGUCACCCAGCCAUCAUGUGAUGUCACCCAGCAGACAUGUGAUAGCAGUGAUGUCACCCAGCCAUCAUGUGAUGUCACGCAGCAGUCAUGUGAUAGCAGUGAUGUCACCCAGCCAUCAUGUGAUGUCACCCAGCAGUCAUGUGAUAGCAGUGAUGUCACCCAGCCAUCAUGUGAUGUCACCCAGCAGACAUGUGAUAGCAGUGAUGUCACCCAGCCAUCAUGUGAUGUCACCCAGCAGUCAUGUGAUAGCAGUGAUGUCACCCAGCCAUCAUGUGAUGUCACCCAGCAGUCAUGUGAUAGCAGUGAUGUCACCCAGCCAUCAUGUGAUGUCACCCAGCAGACAUGUGAUGUCAGGUUUGCUGCCUUAAAUGCAUUUAACCCAUGA